AUGCUCUCACUCACGCGUUUCGUCCUCGGUUUCCUGAGCUGUUUAUAUACCCAGGUCACUGCCACCGCUGAUCACAAAGUAGAGGCAAUCAACACCAGCUACAUCAAAGAUUUUCACUGUCCCGCAACUACACACGCGCACCUGAUCCAAGACAAAUUACAAGCAGCAAUGGACAGAUUUGCGUACCAUUUCUACGUAGAAAAAGACGUCGAUGCAGCCUUUAACAAAUAUGUUGCAAGUAAUUACGUUCAGCACGACCCGAAUAUCCUCGAUGGCAGAGACGCUGCUAUCGAAUCUCUGAGCCCAUUGUUUGGCGCGAAGGGAAAUACAUUCGAGAUUGCAAGGGUAAUGGUUGGCCCAGAGUAUACAACAAUUCACAUCAAGGCAUUGACCGACGGUCAGCCACCUUUCAAUGUUUUCGAUGUCUACAGAACCAUUGGUUCUUGCAUUGUCGAGCACUGGGACUGUAUGAAAGAGAUUGUCAACAACACAGCUUCGACUCACCCAUACUUUUGA